UUUGACAACCUCGAAAAAUGUUUACGUUCCUAUGCAAAAGAAAGCGGUGGCCCAACAAAACUUCCAAUUUCUCUCCUUUGCCCAUUUGCGAAACCGGUGAUAGCUAUCGGGGAACGUUCACAGGACUCUCUGUGGAGAUACGGGAUCCGGUUCAAGCACAAUCUCUGUAUGACAAUGGUUGUUUUGGCAAGGGUAGCAAGUCCCGAGGAGGACCGGCAUCUGGAGACGAGGACGAAACGCUGCUCUUGGGACUUGAGGAGUCCUGUUUCCUGGCCUUCUACUGGGAAGUUUUAAACAUUGAAAACCUAUCCGGUUGCGCUAUGGAUUUUCAAGCAUUUUUGACUGCAGCACUGCAGCUAAAUGAACGAUUUGUGGAGAACUUGGCCAGUUAUUUAUAUUUAAAGUCCAAAAACUGGGUGAUCAAGAGUGGCAUCAAGUUUGGCGGAGAUUUUUUGAUCUACAAGCAGAGCCCACGCUUAUACCAUGCAAGUUUUCUGGUGAUUGUUCAAACACCCAGCGAUGUAGAUUACUAUCAGUCAAAGAACCUGAAAGGAGUCCAACGUGUGGCCGAAACUUCCGAUAAGGAUGUGCUUCUCUUAAAAGUUACCCAAGCCGACGAUGUAUCCAGACCCGAGCACCUUGAGGAAAUCACUGUCACAGAAACAAUUGUGCGUCGUUUCAAUUACUCAACUUUUGUACAAAGCAAACAACAACAAUAAGGAACUAUUUUAAGG